CACUCUGUUUAAUCAGUCUUUGGUUUCUUUAUGUAAACAGUUAUUUAUUUUUUUGUAGCCAAUGUAUAGUCACAAACAAUUGAUACAAUAAUUUACUAAAUAAUUAAAUUUAUUAAAAAAAGAAAUAAUGUUUAAAAUGUAAAAAUUAAGAAAAUUUGUGUGUUGUUUAAGAAAACGGGAUAUUCAUAUUAACUACGAUGACAAUGAUUUGGCAAUUAUUAUGCAUUUAUAUAUUUGUGUCACUUUUGACAGAUAAAUGUUGGACGCAUUUGGUUAUUGAUUUGGAGUCAGAGCCGGAAUCUAAGCUUUUCUUACAAGACAUUGAAAGAUCACCGGAAACAGAGACCAGUUCACAACAAACUGAUAUCAAGUUCUUUGCAUUGGUUCAGCCGUCGAGUUCAGUAUCAGUCAGAGCUAAUUACGGUCCGCUAACUGUCAGACAGACUAUAUAUCCCUCCUAUUGGUCAGACAUACCUACAAAUCCCAGAAAGAAUGAGUCAUCCAUUAGUAAUGGCAUUCAGGAAAUGGUAUCACCCGUUAAAGCUCCGGCACUUAAUAGAGAGCUAUCGGCACACUUAGUCACUCGUGAGGUUCGUCGCAGUAAUCCUGUACUACGGGUGCUCUUCUAUGCCUCACAUACUACAGACUUUACACAAAGAACUAGAAUUGAUUACAUCGACAAAAAGAUUUGUGCCGCUGUUGUAGUCCAAUACCAUAAGGAACGUCUAACCGGCACAUGUAGUCCAAGUAAGACUAGAGAAGGUGCCUGUUUGGCCGAGAUUACUCUACCAUCAUCAUAUUGGCCACCAAUUGAUAUCAAUGGUUCACUACAGAAGCAACAAAAGGCAACCAUAGCUAAAGUAUAUUAUGCUAUAACACAUAGCGAUCAUUGCACUGAAGGCUCAGUCAUUACAACAUCUGAUGCCAAUUCUUUAGCUUUGAAUUUCUUAUCAGACGUCUCUUUAGUUCCAUUCCGUGGCAGUUAUGAAGAAAUUACUAACGAUAAUGUGGUGACAAUUCUCAUACCACAAGAACCAGUUUAUCCCAAUUCAAAGAUUUACAUUCCCGUAAAAUUUACUUACAAUCCCGAGUAUCCGAUUGCGGCGUUCAGUCUUAGGGUUCGCGUCAAGAGUGGCGUCAGAAUACUUGGCGCACAACUGUCUCAUUCAAACAGAUUAUGGCAGUUGAGUACUGAAGUCAGUCCCAAACAAAAUAUGGCUACCGUUACGGCAUUUUUACGAGACUUUGACGUACAACAAGAUAGCGAUUCUGUUACGGAUGAGUUGUUGGAAACGUCUUCACAAGAUGUGUAUUCAUGGCUUUUAGAAAUAGAUGAAGAAGUGGACAUCAAUGAAGGCGGAAGAACUGUUUGGCAACUUUUAUAUGUUUCAGAGAAUUCAGUUGCUGUCAAACAAGACUUUGAGAAAGAGUCGGCCAAACUAUCCUCAAGACUUGAUAUUCAAAAAGAUAAUGUGUUGGAUGUAUUGGCGAUAACUAAAUCUCAUCAGUUGCUAAAUACAGCUCUGUUGACUGGAAGACAGGUCUCACAUGCAAUGCGUAUAUAUAUGGUUAGUGCCGUCGGACGUAUUAGUGAUAUAACUCUUCAGUCUUCAUGUCAAUCGGCUGAUGAGUCAAUACUCAAAGUGUCGCCUUCGUGUACAUCAGUCUAUUUAGAUGGAAGUGAGGUCAGAGGUGACCAAAAUGCUACAAUUCUUAUGAAAUAUGGCGGCACUUCAUAUCAGAAAAAUUUUGUCGUUUGGAGACCAGAACUGCCAAUUGAUAUUAGAGUUGAAGAUCAAAAGUUAAGUCAAAUAAAGAGUUGGAAAACACAAUUGAAACGCAAACAUAAUUUAUUUACCAGUGAUGAGGAACUAAGUGGUGAUGAAUCCAUUGAUAACCAUUUAAAGUCAAACUCAAAUAAAAAUGAUUACAUUGACACUAAACAUAACUACACGCCCUGUCGACCCCGGUUUCAACAAACUAGAGUGGAAAUGUAUACUAAAUUUUUUAGUACUGACCAUAACUCUGGUAGAGAGGCCUCACUAUUGAGUCGAAAAGUUUCUGUUAAAGUAACUCAUCUAUUGAUGCCUUAUAUUAGAGUAUCUGAUCCCAAAGUAUUGAACUUAAGAGGCAAUAUUAUUGAAGGUUUAAGUGUUGGUUUAUCUGAAGUACAAGUUGUAUCUCCGAUUACGGGCCAAUUAAUGGGCUCUAAAGAGAUCCGAGUGGCGUCUGAUAAGGAGACAAUCACUUCCAUUGAUGUCAAAGUAGUUACCGGUUUGGAACUUGAAGUCAAGCCAUAUAUACCGUAUAGUACUGUAUGGAUGGCAAAGACAACUCUAUUGGAUAAGUUGAACACUCAAUAUCAAGAAGGACUUCUUGACGUUAAACUGCAUUUCUCUGACUCGACAUCAGUAGAUCUUUCAGAUAUAUCUGCUUCUGAUUAUAACCUUUCAAUUGAUACAUUUGAUGGAACAGUUGCAGUGGCUCCCAAUACAGGUCUCUAUCCUAGAGUAAUAGCAAUUGGUGCGGGCAAAGGUCAAUUAUUAUACUUAUCUCUUGAAGUAUCCAAUAUAUGUCAUCGCAAAAAAACCCAACCGUUAGCUCUUAAGUAUAUUAACGUAAACGUCGACUUUAUGAUCCCUUCUCUACAAAAUGAUGCCUUCAAUUAUCGUAAAAAUAAUGGAGUUAUGAAUACUAGUCAAACACCCAUAACUGACAUUCAAUAUUUGAGUAGUAAAGAAAAGGUAGUUCCCAAUCAAUACGUGACAAUUGGCAAACCCAUCACAAGAAAAUCCAAUAUAAAUAUGGCUAACAUUGAGAUUGGAAUCUAUAGUUUCUUUGCUAUUUUUGGUAUCUCUUUACUAAUUAUUGCUGUUUUAUACCGAGUAUUGGGUCGCGCAAAGGCACCUCCAGAAGCAGUUACAACAACACGUAUCGCACCGAUAACUUCGAGUAAUAGACCAAUAGUGGCCAACGCUAAUGAAUGGGUUUGGUUAGGAAGGGCUACUCUCGAGAGGAAUUCGUUGGGAACUAAAAAGCCAACCAUUUCUCAAAAAGAUCUCAACGGAAAUAUCUCUGAUAAUUGUGAAGAAAAAAACAAACUUUUGUCAGAACCAGUUUCCAACCGUUUAAGUGAAUUGUCAUUUGCCGGUUCCGAUAUCAGUAUAAGGAUCACAACAAAUCCUAAUCUUGUCGAUGAUUGCGAACCAAUGGACGAAACCGAAGACAGCGAACAGAAUCAAACUCAACCACUUAUCUCAAGACAUAUGGCAUCCAAACAAAGCUAUAUGACAACAGUACAUCCACCAGUUCCACUUCAACCACCAGUGCCGGCACGCAAAACAAGACACCUUCCCAGCAAAUAUACUACAUAUUCAAAACCACCACCGAUACCACCGCACCGUAACAUUCAAAACCUUAAUGAACUCAACGGCUCAAAGCCUCCUCCAGUACCGCCUCAUCGAGCUAUCGGAGUCACUAAACGAUGGAGUAAUCCUCAGCCAUUGGCAGCAAACCUUAGGGUUGAUUUGCCCGCUAAUAGAGUUAAGAAAUGCAACCGAAAUGAUAAUAAUGAUAAUUUAGAUUACAAUCAAUUACUGGAAUAUUUUGAUAGUCUUAAAGAGUCAAAUGCUUAG